AUGUCCAACUACAAUCCUAAUCAACCACCCUAUUUUGGUUCCUUUGGACAUUCCAGAACAGUAAGACAAGAUUCUGAGAAAUUUCCCGACAUAGAAACUGGUAAACUCUAUGAAAAAACAACAUUUUCCUAUUCUCAGAAUGAACAAAAUACGAGUUUGUCACCAGUAACAGAGACUCCAAUGUACUAUGCCGCAAGAAACAGCAAUCAAGACAAGUAUUUCCUUUCCGAUUCACCAUCACACUUCCAAAGCUACCAUCCAGUACCACCAGGAAUGCCAGCGCCAACAUUACACCAUGCAAUUUCGCCUAUAGUAAACGAAAACAAUUACCCACUACAAAUGCAAGCUAUGCCACACCAGAGCCAAUUACCUCUUCAGCAACAGCAGCCAUACCCAUUCUCAUAUUAUCCCCAGGUAACUCAUCAAGCACCUGUCCAACAACCUUAUGGUUCCCACUACGUAUACUAUCAGCAACCUCCCCAGGGCUACAUUACAGGAGCACCUCAUUCAACGGGACAACUACCAGUGUACAUGCUGGGCAUAAUUCCAGGAGAAAUGAUGUUGCUGGCAAGGAGGAAGUCAAAGCAGUCUACCACUUGGUCCCCCAAAGAAGAUAGGCUACUAAGAGAACUUAAAGAGGUACAGAAGCUUGGCUGGAGGGAAAUAUCGGCAUUUUUCCAAGAUAGAACUCCUAAUGCGUGCCAGUUCAGAUGGCGAAGAAUAAUCAGUGGCGCUAGUGCUGUGCCUCCAGUUCAGAGAAAGAGUAGUUCAAGUGAACCAAAGAAUCACAAACGAAGCGAAAGCGCUUCAUCCAGUGAAGAUGAUAGGGAUGACAAUGGGAAUAAAAAAGCACAACACUCUAUAGAGUUUUUAUUAAAUUGA